AUGAGUUUUAUGGUAACAGCAACAAAGGAAGACUGGAAGACGAGAGACUACAUCGAGGACGUCUCGUUAUGUAUUUUACAAGUGACAGAAUUUCUCAACAAAUUCGAAAAGAAUAUGAGAGUUAAACUUCUUGAAUUGAAUGAAAAAUUAAACGAUUUGGAAAGAAAGAUGCAAUAUGUGGAAGCUGCAGUCAACUCGAUCGAACAAAACUCGCACUAG